UCCGACCUGAGAGACUCACUGAGAGCAGCUGCUGCCUCCACAGCUCGUCUUCAUCAACCUUCAUCUCCAUCCUCUUCCUCAUGGCGGCCUCGUCCAAGUCCUCCCAGACGGCCAAGAACGUGGUUCUGGCCCUCCUGGCGUUCUGGUCCCUGGUCUCUCUGAUCAUCAUCGUGGUGUGGGGGACGUCUCCGGACCUGAAGAGCUCGGCCGUGUGCCGAGCAGAGCUGCAGGAGGUAACCGAGAAGAUGGAGGGCGCCAAGGUGGUGUGGAGCAAGAACAAGGUGGCUCUGGAGGAGCUGCUGGAGGAGGCCCGGCAGGACCAGGACCGCCAGAGAGUCCAGAACCUGCUGCUGCUGGGACGCCUCAACGCCACCAACGCCACGCUGGAGGAGAGCCGGCAGGAAAACGCGGUCCUGAACGGGAACAUCACCGUGCUGCUGGAGAGCGUGCAGCAGCUCCGUCAGACGGAGGUCAACCUCACGGCUCAGAUCGCUCUGCAGGAAGAGCACAUGGAGGCCCUGCAGCAGAACCUGACCGAGGCGGGUCACCUGACCGAGUCCUGCUCCAGCCUCAGAGCUGCUGCUGAGAGCCAGACCAGGGCCUGUGAGUCCAGGCAGCAGUACCUGCACAAACAGCUUCUGAAGUGUAAAGACGUGGACUCUGAAGCUCCUCAGGAGACCCAGCUGCAGGACUCCUCCUCCUCCUCCUCUCCUCUCUCUGCUCCUCUCUUCCUGCUCGUCUGCAGCGCUCUGCAUCUGAUGACCUGUAAGUACCGAAAAACUCCUUCUGCACCUGAACACAUGACUUAUUUUACUAAAAACUAAAGUGAAAAAAAUCUGCCAUUCAAUAAGUAUUUCUAUUUUUAUUAGAGAUCGUUGUUGGUGAGAAACAACGUGAGAUUUAUUAGAGAAGAAACGUUGAUUACUAAUGAAACAGGAGGUUCAGCUCCACCUGCUGGUGAGAGUUUGUCACUGCAGCGACAUUAAAUAUUAUUAUCAUUAUUAUUAUUAUUCAACUGAGCAGAAACAUGCGGAGGAAAAGAUCAAUAUAGAAUAUAUAGAUAAACAAGUUCAACAAUAUGUCCAGGUCAUUGAUCUAUGAUGUAUAGAUAUAUAGAUAAUAACUACCUUUAAACUAACUUUACUCUCAAAAUAAUAUUGUGUCUCAAAAUUAAAAACUAUUAGAGAAACAUGUUCUUCUAUUGAAGGCUUCAAAUAAUGAUGAUUAUCAUCUGGAGCUGAUUUUCUCAAUUCAUAUUUAAAAUGAUUGAUACAAAUGUUUACUUGUUUCUGACUAAUGUUUCAUUUUCGUCCUAUUU